UUGUUACCAAGUUACGCAAUCCGUUUGGUUACUUUUACACAGCACGCGAAAGUAUAUGGAUAUUCGAAAACUUUGAGAAUAAAGAGGAGUUGGUGUGAGAUGGAGAAUUUGGUGACUAUCAGGUUUUCAGAUGAGGAGCUUCAAUUCGAAACAUCACGAAACCUUCUGAAAAUGGACACCCUCAAAACCCAAUUCCUCCUUCCAAAGAAUUCUCUAAUAGCAUUGAGAUAUAAUAUUGAUUCUCGUGAAGUAGGAUGCCAAUUGAGUGAAGACGGAACGGCGUUCUUGCUACCAACUCAAUGUGCAGGGUAUCAGUUUUAUCUGAAGUCAAAUAUGAUACCAUCAAGGCCUGCAACUCCUAUGAACCAAGAUAUGAUCCAGAGUUCUUCUCUUCCCACAGCUGCGACUGAGUUUGACAGUUUCUCUCGUUAUCUAUUCUAUACACGUAUAGUUCUUAAAAACAGCAAUGGAGACCUUAAAGAAGACGUCAAAUUGAAAUACCCUUGUGUUCCAUUUCAGUCUUCACUCUUAGCGCAUCGAGGCGAUAAACUAAAUGUUUAUGAUUCCACACAUGCACCGCACAAUGUUGAAGUUGUCUUCUAUGAUGAUGAUAGUGACUUCAUCAUUUUUGAAUCAGCUGUGCAGCUGAUAGAGAACACGCCCAUUCCAAUGGCGAUUAAAGGAGGAAGCCGCUACGUACUUCUGGGAUAUGCUGAAGUCAAGCAGCAGAUUGAAGACUCUCACAUGGAACCGUGCUAUGCCAGUGGCGUGAUUAUAUCCUCUCAGUCAAACGAGGCUGGGCAUAUAUGCGGAAGUUCAGGAGGUAUUGCUGGAUUAAGUGGAGGACCUGUGUUCGACUUAUUUUCAAACAACCUGUUGGGUAUUUGCGUGUCUACCGACGAUUUGGAUGAUCGGAUAACAUCAUUUGGACGUUUUUCCUCUGACAUGAUCACAUAUUGUAAAGAGAUCACAAUUGUCCGAAUCAUGCCCGUAUUCACCGCUGCUUGCUUCUUUCAUGCACAUGAAAAGAAUUUGAAGCUGCGUAUGUCAGAUAAAGAAAAAAGUCCCAAAAGAAAAGUUCGUCGCUUAUGA